CAGGCAGAGAGCAGCUGAAACGGACAGGACUGCAAUAGCAGCAGCAACCAGGAGAGCAGACCAGAGACAGUCAGAUUAAAAUCCUUAGCCUGGCAACACGAGGUGUCAGUUUGACCACUGCAUCUGAUCAAAGCACAGGGGCAAGAAGAUCAUCCCAGCAAGAACUAAGAGAACAUAUCUUUAGGUUCUUUGAGCUCUUCUGAUCAUGAAGCUCCUGACAGCAGUGUUCUUCUUACUCUUCAUUGUCAUCUGCUUUACCAGCGUAGAAGGAUCAAAAUGCAAAUGCUUAAGAAAGGGCCCCAAGAUAAGAUUCUCUGAUAUACAAAAACUUGAAGAGAGACCAAAGUAUCCAUAUUGCAAGGAAAGAAUGAUCAUAGUCACAAUGAAAUCAAGAUUCCGAGGAGGCCAUCAGUACUGCUUGCAUCCUAAGCUCCCGAGUACAAAAAGAUUACUCAAGUGGUACACAAUAUGGAAAGAGAAAGAGAGAGUUUAUGAAGAGUAAGAAAGCAACGCCUGGCAGAAGAAAUAGGAUUGUGUGGCGGACAUGAGGAAAAGAUGGACAAUAGAGGAGAUGACUUCUCACAAGACAAGACACAAAAUCUAUAUUGUUAUAAAGCACUUUUUACCAAGGAUCACUUUUUACAUUUUAUAGCUGUAAAAGAAAAAGGCUGCCAGAUUUCAUAAGUGUCUUUUACACACUAGAUUUCAUACCUGCCUUCUUUGUAGUGAGAAAUCUCAUGACACAUAAUCUUCAUUUAAACGUUGAUUUUAUUUUUUUUAAAUCUCCACUUGAUAGCUGUUCAUAUAUCACUAUGACUGGAAAUUGGGCUUUAUAAGCUCAUUCAGUGAACCAUAUUUGUAAAAAAACACAAAGUUGUUCUAAAAUAGUGUCUCUUCUUUGGCACUAAGGAAACUUUCUAUGCCAUUGUAAAGAUUUCUAGUAGCAGAAUACAACCUUUUCCAUAGAACAAGAGAAGGCUGAGAUACAGUUUGCUCUGUAGAAUGCUACAUGUUGCCGUACAAUUCAAGAAAUAUGGUUUCUCAGUGGUUAUAAAGUGCAUAUAAUCCCUGUAGAAGAUGUAAAGUACAAUAUACCCUUCAUUUUUUUAUGGGAAAAUAUUUCUAAAGCAGUUUAAUACAAAGAAAGCACAUAUUUCUUUUUCAUCAUGCUGUUCUUAUGGAAAAUUUUCAGCUUCAGUAUUGAGUUAUUUUAAGCUUCAGGAAAAUUGUGUAUGGUUCCUUAGAUUUGUAGCUGAGAAUCUCCAGAAAUAUACCUUUUUAAUUGGGAAAAACAUCUUUGAUAGGGGAAUGGAUAUAUAUGUUUUU